AUGAUGCACUUAGUGUUUCGAGAAAUUGUUGCUAAAGCUUCGGUUGAAGCUAGACAAGAAACGGUGGCACCUCAACAUAUGCCGUAUAAUUCAUUAAGCUCCCAGUUGGUUUGUCCUAAGGAUGAUUUAUCAAAAUUAAGUAAGAAGGUGUCUAAGCCUGCACAUAGUAGGUAUAAUAAAGUUGACGAGAUGGCAAGUAGUUCUAGAGCCAAUGGUUUCUAUCGACCCAGGAGUGCACUAGCGAGAGCUUUGUAUGAGAAACAAAACAAUGAUAGAUACCUCGAAGAACUGGACCAGAAUGAGUGGUAUCGAGUGAACAAAGACCGUUUGUCCCCUGAACUUGUUUCAAAAUUUGUGCAACUGUAUCCUGACAAAGAGACUAAACAGUUCCUAUCUUCUUCCAUCGAAAAAUCGUCGUGGGUGUGGACUCAGUGCUGGUACCUGAUUGCAAAGGCGGUGCUGAGACACUUCUGGUCCGUCACUGACAUCAAUGGGUGGCUUGGUCGCGGUUCAAUGUUUGUCCUCUCCGAGGCACAAGCGCAGGCGUUACUUCGGCCAGGGGGACCUGCUAUCGGCGCCGGCGCUCUCGUGGACGUCGGCGCUGGAGAUGGCGAAGUCAGCCGCCGCUUCGCUCACAUCUACCCACACAAUUACGCUACUGAAAUAUCUGCUAGUAUGAGAAAAACCCUCGCAAAUAAAGGAUACAAAAUAUUGGACACAGAGAGUUGGCAUCGCUAUCGCCAGUUCGACUGCAUAUGCAUGUUAAACUUGCUGGAUCGCUGUAACAAGCCAAAAACGAUGCUGUUACAAGCUAAAGACGCUCUAGCUCCAGGCGGCAUCCUUUUGUUGGCUCUUGUGUUACCUUACAAGCCUUACGUAGAAGUCACCCCCGACCACAAACCUGAAGAACGUCUACCAAUUGAAGGCGUUGAUUUCGAAGGACAGUUGGCGACCUUCGUCAAGUUCAUGCGCGAAGAGGUUGGCUUCGAGCUGGUCUCAUGGACUCGAGCCCCCUACCUAUGUGAAGGCGACUUCGCACAAGCAUACUAUUGGCUAGACGACUCUGUCUACGUGUUUAAAUCAACUGCCGAUACCCCCGCCAUAUCGAAAACAUCUUAA